CUUCAGUCAUAGCAACAGCUCGACAAAAACCCAAAACAACUCCCAAUUGGUUCUUUGAUUUUCACUCCCUAAUCUGAUCUAUCAAGCAUUUGGAGAGCAAAGGAUCCGAGCUCUGUUUUUUUGGAGUUACAAUUGAUUGUCAUCUACUGCGCUUCAUGUUCUCUAAGGACUGAAAAUGCAAGCUUUUUGCCAUCUUCAUCCACUCUCUUCCUUAUCCAAUAGAAGAGUUUGUAUUAAACCUGAUGGAUGCAAUAAAUUAAAACCAUUGGGUUCGAGUCAGAUUGGCUUCACUUCUGGAGCUGAGAAUAUUAAACUCAUAUCAGCUUUGCAAAAUCAUAGAUUGUGUGUAAUCCCCAAUACUAAUGAUGGGCGUCCAUCUGUGACCUUGAUAGAAGAAGAUGUCAAGGGGAAUCACACCCCCAGUUUGGAAACAGAAACAUUUUUUAGCAGAUGGUCACCUCCUCGGUAUUUAUGGAGGGGACUAUCUACUCUUAUUAUGGCAGGACAGGUGAUCCUCAGGGUCCUAAAGGGGAAGAUACACUGGAGGAACACUCUUCAGCAGCUUGAGAGAGUUGGGCCUAAAUCAGUGGCGGUUUGUCUUUUGACCUCAGCAUUUGUUGGCAUGGCCUUUACAAUCCAAUUUGUUAGAGAAUUUACCCGACUAGGGCUGAACAGAUCUGUUGGUGGAGUAUUGGCUCUUGCUUUCUCGAGGGAAUUGAGUCCUGUGAUUACAUCGAUUGUGGUUGCAGGACGAAUUGGGAGUGCAUUUGCUGCAGAGUUGGGAACAAUGCAGGUUUCCGAACAAACGGACACUUUGAGAGUUCUUGGGGCGGACCCUGUUGAUUACCUUGUAACACCAAGGGUUAUUGCUACCUGUGUGGCUCUACCUUUUCUAACUCUCAUGUGUUUCACAGUUGGAUUGGCAUCCAGUGCCCUACUGGCUGAUGGCGUAUAUGGGGUUAGCAUUAAUAUUAUUAUGGAUUCUGCAAUGAAAGCACUUAAAUCCUGGGAUAUAAUCAAUUCAAUGAUCAAGUCAGGUGUUUUUGGUGCGAUCAUAUCGAUUGUGAGCUGUGCUUGGGGAGUUACUACCAUGGGAGGUGCUAAAGGUGUUGGGGAGUCAACAACUUCCGCCGUUGUUAUCUCCCUUGUUGGAAUCUUUAUUGCUGAUUUUGCUCUGUCUUAUUUCUUCUUCCAGUCAGCUGGAGAUCAACUGAAGAAUUGCAUGUAAUUGAUCUGCCUCUCAAUGCGAAUUUCUGAUUUUUAGUGAGAGCUUUCUGUUGUUUGAUAAUGGAUAACAAUUCGCAUACUAUGGUUGAUACCAUUUGCCUUUCUCAAUGUGGAUAAAGAUAGCACUGAGAGGAAUCAUACCAGAUUGCUUCGUUGAGUAAAGAUGGGAUCCUCUUUGAGUAACUGAAGCAGUUUUCAUUUGUCAAUACUGAGCAAAAUAGGCUACUUUUGUUGCUUUUCUGGGAUAUUUUCUCAUAGCGGAGUAUAUGAUUGUACACUAUGUGGUGGCAGUUUAACUAAGUUACUGGGAUUCUGGAACCAAGUUUUUGAUUAUUAUGGACAUGAAGAAUCUGCAGGACAGAUACAUGGAAGGUUAAAACCUCGUAUUUGACAAUAAAUGUAUAUGUCCUGAUUAAUUCAGAGCAAUGUGGAAUAGUGGGAUUAUUUUUUUAUAAUCGAAAAUAAUAACAUACAAGUUU